UUGACACUCAAGAGACCACAAAUUACUGAACUAUUCGCAGACACCUGUCAAAAACUGUUUUUAGUAUUUAAAUCAUGUUUUUUGCAAAGUCUAUAAAUUUAAGAACCGCGAAAACCCUAUUUUCACUACGAAAUUUUCGUACAAACGCUUGUUUGCGCAGUGCCCUAUCCGAUUCGCCCAAUGCCCAAUUAGAUAGGACCCUAUUUGACAGGUAUAUGGACCUGCCUGUUCCAGAAUGUAAGAUUCAGGCUUGCUACGUGUGGAUCGACGGCACCGGCAUAAAUUUACGCUGCAAGUCCCGUACCCUGGACUUCAUACCUUCGAGCUACAAGGAAGUGCCCCAGUGGUCGUUUGAUGGCAGCAGCACCGGACAGGGCGUAGUACGUAAUUCCGAUUGCUAUUUAGUACCAGUCGCCAUGUACAAAGAUCCCAUCUUGCGAGGCAACGAUAAGCUGGUGCUUUGCGAAACGUACGAUUUGAACCAGAAGCCCACCAUGAGCAACCACAGGCAGAAGUGCGUCGAGGCGGUGAGUAAGGCCUGCGAAUACGAGAUGAAAUUCGGUUUCGAACAGGAAUUUAUAUACGUCGGUUCGGAUCGGAGGCCCUUUGGGUGGCCAGUGAAUGGGGAACCAGGAAAGGACGUUUUAAGCUACUGCGGAGUGGGAGGUAACAAUGUCGUUGGACGUGCAAUACUAGAGGCGUUUUACCGUUGCUGCUUGUACUGCGACAUUGAAAUUUACGGUACAAACGCUGAGGUGAUGCCGAGCCAAUGGGAGUUCCAAACUGGCCCUACGUUAAACAUGAAGGCAGGCGAUGAUUUGUGGAUGGCCAGGUUUCUGCUCGCGAAGGUCGCGGAAGACUUCGGAGUGGGUAUUUCUUACGAGCCUAAACCGUAUCCACAUUUAAACGGAUCAGGUAUGCACGUUAACUUCUCUACGAAUAAGAUGAGGGAAGAAGGCGGGUUGAAGUACAUAGAAGAAGCGGUGGAAAAACUUUCCAAGACGCACAAGGAACAUAUUGCGGUGUACGAUUUAAGCGGGGGCGAAGAGAACAAAAAGAGGUUGACGGGAAGGAACGAAACCAGCCACAUCGACAAAUUUACUUCGGGGGUGGGGGAUAGGAGUGCCUCCGUCAGGAUUUCACUGCUCGUGUCUCGAAACAAGAAGGGAUUCCUCGAGGAUCGGAGACCAGCGGCCAACGCAGACCCCUAUCAAAUUAUUAACGUGUUGGUUAAAAGCAUCAUAUUGUAAUACAGCGAGAUAAAAAAUUAUUAAUAAA